CAGGAAGAAAUUCAGAGCCGUUUGGGGGAUCUCAAGAAACAAAGGGAAGAGCUUCUGGGAUUGAAACGGGCAGGAAGGAGAAGGAGUCUGGAGUAUCUGAAACAGACGCAAGCGGAGAGGCGGAAGAUUGCAUCUGAAUUUCAGAGACUGCAUCAGUUCCUGGAGGAACAAGAGCAACUCCUGCUGGCUCGACUGGGAGAUGUGGACAGGCAGAUUGCCAGGAGGCAUAAGGAAAAUGCCACCAAACUUGCUGGAGAGAUUUCACUUCUGAAUGUCCUGAUCACUGACGCAGAGAGGAAGUGCCAGCAGCCAGCGACUGAAUUCCUGAAGGAUGUGAGAAAUACCUGGAGCAGGUGUAACAAGCUGCAUUCACAGAAGCCGACAGAGACUUUUCUCGAACUGGAAAGGAAGCUCAGUGCUUUUUCUCAUCACACUGUCGCCCUCAGGGAGACUUUGAGGAAAUGUCAAGACACCCUGACAUCGCACCUGGACAAAGAUUGGGAAAAAUCUCCAGGAACCGAUGGGAAAACAAACGUGACCCUGGAUCCAGACACCGCCAAUCCGUGGCUCCUCUUGUCUGCGGACCAGAAGUGCGUUAGCUGGGUGGCCGCGCGGCAGGAUCUGCCUGUCCGGCACCAGAGGUUUUACUCUUCUCGCUGUGUGCUGGGCUGUCAAGGCUUCACCUCGGGGAGACGCUCCUGGGAGGUGGAGCCAGGGCUUUCUGGGGCCUGGGCUGUGGGGGUCUCCAGAGCCUCUGUGGGCAGGAAGGGGUGGGUGAAUUUUUGCCCUGAGGAGGGGAUCUGGGCUGUGGGGCUCAGCGGGGAUCAGUACCGGGCUUUCACCUCCCCUGUAGCUCCCCUGUCUCUGAACCAUGUCCCCGAGAGGAUCUGCAUCUCGGUGGACUAUGAAAAGGGCCGGGUGGCAUUUUCCAGUGCUGAUCACACAGACCCAAUCUUCACUUUCCCAGAAGCUUAUUUCAGUGGGGAGAAAAUCUUCCCUUUCUUCUGGGUGGGGAGAGGAUCCUGGCUCAGGUUGUGUCCCUGAGGCCCCGGGUAAUAACCCUAAGGAAGUUUCUAAAAUGGGAUUUGCCUAAUUGUAUUUUGUUUGGGUGGAUUUUAAAUUGGUGGAUGUGGCGUUAGCUCCAUACUGAGCCCUUGUGAAAAUGUGAAGCUGGUCUUUAUUGCAGCAGAGGGCUCCCCUGUUCCCAUAUAGCACCUGGUCUAAACAGUGUAAAGGGUGUGUGAGCCCCCGUGUCGCUGUAGUGAGGAACAGGAGAGAAAAGCCGA